CUCGGGAUUGAAGCUCUCAAGGGAACUGGUCGCUCACCGCUUGCCCAUCGCGAGCCGAUAAGGUCGAUUAAGCUUGAGAAAUAGUUCCUCUGGAUCAGGCACUCACCCGGGCAGUGUCGGUGCGAGCGUUGGUUCAAGCUGUUCAUGAGAGUUGGCUCGAGCGCCAAAGCACAGCCCUCCUUUGGCGCAAGAAUCUUCCCGGCACAGCGCCAAUUUGCCAACACAUGCCAUCCGGCCCGUCCCAGCUGCCGCGAGCUGCUCUCCACUUGCUGCCAGCUCGUCGUCCUCAAAGUACCCUGCACAGCAUCAGGAAUAUUUACUCGGUCAGGCAUCGCACAAUGGCAGGGGCAGCUUCCUCAGGAGCCAAGUACGAGGACUGGUCAGCAGAUGAUCUGCGACGAAGGGUGCUGGAACUGGAGGCCAAGCUGGGCAAUGUAGCCAGUGCCAGCGCUCCUUUAGCCGACGGCCCCAGUGCGCCGGCUGAGGCGGGGCCUAGCCGCCUCCCUGCACAGCCAGAGCAGGAGCCGGCUCUCAGCCGACGAGCAUAUAGGCGAGCGAUACGUCUUGGGCAUCGAAUUCAAAGACAAGGGCCUGUGUCGCAAGCUCGCGGACAAGCAGUGGUUGACGAUGCCAAGGCAAGAGGAGUAGUGAAAUCAUUCAACUUCGAUCUCUAUCCACAACGCAAGAUCGCCAUUCGGUUCGCCUACGAUGGCACAGAGUAUGCGGGGUUGGCAGCUCAAUCGAACGCAAUCACUGUCGAGUCAGUGCUAUGGGAUGCGCUUGUCAAGGGGAGGCUGGUAGAUGGUGAAAAGGGUAUGCAGGGUGCGGGAUGGACAAGAUGCGGAAGGACUGAUCGCGGCGUGAGUGCGGCUGGUCAGGUCGUCUCGCUUUGGAUUCGCAGCAAGCGCGUGGACGAGCGGCAGCAGAGGACGAUGCAUGAAGCUCGGUUGGCCAAAAAGAUGGCCGCGUAUCUCGAAGCCGCCGAUGGUCCUCGAAAGGCACCUUCCAUAGAGAGUCCCGCUGCUGAACCCGUCACUCCGGACCUCCGUCACGAGAAAGGGUCGUCUUUGGAAGACUUAUCACUGUCUGACAGGAUGAAGGCAGCCCCACCAGCCGGUGAAUCGCUGGCCACCUCCACACCUGACGUACCUUCAAGCGCUCAGAAUGGGGCCACGUCGGUCAAGCUCGAUGGGAGUAGCCCAGAGUUGCCUUAUCUGUCUGUGCUGAAUGGUUUGCUCCCGAACUCAAUUCGCGUCCUAGCGUGGUCACCGGUGGCUGCGGAUUUCUCAGCCCGAUUCUCGUGUCGAUACAGACACUACAAAUACUUCUUUACAGCUGGCAGCCCACUGCUUCCGACCACUGCGGGACCAUCUCCGCGUUUGAACAUAGACGCCAUGAGGGAAGGCGCUUCUCGUCUGCUCGGGGACCACGAUUUUAGAAAUCUGUGCAAGGUAGAGGGUGUCAAGCAGAUCACAAAUUUCCGGAGACGAAUCGAUGGCGUCUCUAUCGAUCAAGUCCCCGCCACCUGGACAUCGAAGGAAACCGACUCUGCUUCGGACGAACCGAUGUACGUCCUCAAUCUUCGGGGUACUGCAUUCCUGUAUCACCAAGUCAGGAAUAUAAUGUCGGUGCUCUUCUUGAUUGGUGCAGGUCUGGAAAAGCCCUCGCUAGUUGACGAGCUGCUGAACAUCAAACCUGGCAUGACAGCCGAGGAUGCAAGGUGGGCGGCGAUACACGGUGUCAGCCUCCGCAAAGACCGAACCGUACUGCCCGGAAGCACCGCCACUGAGCGAGAUGGUGUAGUCCAGCUCGACAGCGAGACUGGCCUGCCCGUGAUGGUUCAAACGGCCACUCCGAUGGAGCACGACACCUCCUGGACGGAGCAGCAGCAGCAAGACGAAGAGGAGCGGCUCGAGAGCUUGCGCGUGUAUGCUAACAAGCCCGAGUACGAGAUGGCCUCCGACACUUCGCUCGUACUUUGGGACUGCGGCUUCCGGCCAAGCGACGUAGCAUGGCGGGCCGGAACCUACGACGGACCCUUACCAGCUCCGCAAGAAGCCGACGUGGACAGCGCGGCUGCGCCUACUGCAGCUUUGCUCCAUGGGGAAUGGACCCGAAGAUCCAUCUCUGCAGAGAUUUGGAGACAUUUCCUCUUCUCUUCCCCUGUCGCCCCCGUUGGCACACAAGAAGCUGGAGUCACUUUCGAGCAGGCACGUCGUCCAACUUUGCCAGCAGCAUCGAAUCAGGAUGGGACAAGACACAAGUCUUUGGGUCCAACUGCGGUACUGGUGCCUCUUGGAGGAGGCUACGUCAGAUUACACACGUCUUGGCGUGGCUUUGCGAAAUUGAAGCGAGAAGAAGCGCCAGAGGUCAAGAAUCAGCGAUGGCUCGAGGGCAAAGGCAAACAACGAGCUGAGGCCCUAGGUAUUACACCACAGCAGCUCUCGAGAGGAUAUCGACCGCCGCAGUAAGACUUUGCAUGUCGAGUGCGCUUGUUGCUACCUCACGAGAAGGGAGUGGAGUGCGCUUCGGCCGCAGCACUUCAGGAAAUACAUUAACAUUCUUUGGUGGGCACGUAGGCCAUCGUUGAAGACAAAAUGGAGCAUUGCAGCGUAACAAAGAUCGUGCAGUGGAAAUCGCCAGGCUCG